UUAGGACGGUCUCAAUAAUUGUUUUCAGUAGCCCUAUUCAAUAUCGCAGGUUGGCGUUCGAUAACUCCAUUCCGCGCGCGCCCGCGCCGUUCGAUCUGCUCCGCUCCGUGUUUUGCGCGCGCUCCCCCGCCUCUCUCUCUCUCUCUCUCUCUCGCGCUGAACUCCAGCCCCUCUCGCGCUCUCUCUAUCAGCCUUUCAUUCCGUCUCAAUAUGUCUCAAGAUGGCGGCCAAUGCGGGAUCGAUGUUUCAAUAUUGGAAACGCUUUGAUUUGCAGCAGCUCCAGAAAGAACUGGAUGCCACCGCCGCAGCCCUGGCCAACAGACAGGAUGAAAGUGAGCAGUCCAGGAAAAAACUCAUCGACCAAAGCCGCGAGUUCAAGAAGAAUACUCCAGAGGAUUUGCGUAAACAGAUAGCUCCUUUGCUGAAGGGCUUCCAAGCAGAGAUCGACGCCUUGAGUAAAAGAAGUAAAGAAUCAGAGGCUGCUUUCCUCAGCGUGUACAAGAGAUUAAUCGAUGUCCCAGAUCCUGUCUCUGCUCUGGAGGCAGCUCAGCAACUCCAGGUGACUGUUCGGAAGAUGCACGACUUGGAGACCGAAAACCAGAGGCUCAAAGAUACACAACAAGAGUACGAACGUGAAAUUGCAGAGGUUAAAAACCCAGAAGUCACUAUUAAAGCACUUAAAGAGAAGCUGGAGCAGUAUGAGCAUUCUCUCCAUGCCAAGAACACAGAGGAAGCUCCCGAUCAGAACCAGGACCGGUCAGGAAGAGAAGAGAGGGAAAGCAAAGGGGAAAACCUUCCUAACAACUAUGCAGACAAGGAGAGUCAGCCACAGCAGAGCCAGGACAGCAGGACAGAAGACUUGGACAUGAAAACGCAGUCCUUACAAACAGCACUUGAAGCAACUCAGGCAGAACUCCAUGAACUGAAGACAAAAUACGAUGAAGAAUCCACAGCAAAGGCCAAUGAGAUUGAAGCGGUGAUGACAGAUUUGGAAAGAGCCAAUCAGAGGGCCAAGGCAGCAGAGAGGGAGGCUGUGAGCUUGAGGGAGCAGCUCACUUUAGCUCAACCAUCCAAUCAGAUCCAAAAUGCUCCAGAAAUGGAUAAGUCUCUGGAGGCGCUAUCUUGCAGCAGUCUGGAGGCAGAGCUGGGUGCGAAGGAGAGGGAGGUAGAGCGUUUGGCUGAGGACGUUCAGAGACUUCAGGCCAGUCUGGCCCAGCUCAGCGAGACCUCCACCAAUCAGAUCAGCCAGCUCGAGCAGCAGCUGAGCUCCAAAGAGGCCCUAUUAAAGCAACUUGAAGAAAAGCUUCAAGAGCAGUCAGACUAUGAGGAGAUCAAACGAGAACUCUGCAACCUGAAAUCAAUGGAGCACAACUCAUCAGAUCAUCACCCUUCAGUACAGGACUCAUCCAAGCCAUUGGAGAUGUUGCUGACGGGGAAAGUCCAUAGCCAGCUGUCAGAGAGAGCUUUGAAACGACUGGCCAACUAUGACUUCAGUGGAUCAGUGGGGCGGAAAAGUAAAGAAACCACAGUGGAAAACCCUCAGCGUCUUCCUGCCACUCCAGUCCCUACCACACUCCAGGGGUCCCCUCCUCCCCCCUCCCCCCAGCUUUUGAUGAGGACGGGCACCGCUACCUCCGAAUCUGCUGCCAGUGCCAACGGUACCCACCCUUUCUCCCCCACGGGCAUCGGGCCAGACUUCUUUACCCCCGGCAUGGCCAGCGUGGGCGCCACGUUCCCCCCGUUGGCUGGCAAAAUGGCACUCAACUCUCUUCUUCAGAGGCAGCUCAUGCAAACCAUCUACACCAAAGCCCUCCACGACCCUUCUCCAAGUUCUGUGCUCUUCGGGCCGCCCCAUUACGCUACAACCAACUCUCUCUCCAGCCCCCUACCCCCUCAGUCAGCGGGCAGCCCGGAGGUUAACGGCCUGGCGCCCUCUCCCAGCCAGUCAGAGGGUGCGGGUAGCACAUCGGAAGGGGAGGAAAUGGACACGGCUGAGAUUGCUCGACAGGUCAAGGAGCAGCUGAUCAAACACAAUAUCGGCCAGCGCGUGUUCGGCCAUUAUGUGUUGGGUCUGUCCCAAGGCUCGGUCAGUGAGAUUCUGGCCCGGCCCAAACCCUGGAGCAAGUUAACUAUCCGUGGCAAAGAGCCCUUUCACAAGAUGAAGCACUUCCUGUCUGAUGAGCAGAACAUCCUGGCGCUUAGGAGCAUCCAGGGCAGGCAGAGAGAGAACCCAGGCCAGAACCUGAACAGAGUGUUUCAGGAUGUUCCGAAGCGAAGAACCGGCUCGGAAGGCUCCACGCGGCCAGGUAACAUCACCACACGGAUCCGCACGACUGAGACCGGCUCCGAUGAAGCCAUCAAGUCCAUCUUGGAGCAGGCAAAGAGAGAGUUGCAAGUGCAGAAAGCAGACGGUGUGGGGGAGAGGCAACGGCGAUCAGGUUACCACAGAGGGUCGGGCAGCUAUUUCCAAAUAUAUGCACACAGUCUAAGACUUGUUGAGAGUUCUCAGCCUCCGUCCUCCUCCAGCAGCUCUGACGAGAACAUUCGUUCCAUCCUUGAGCAGGCUCGGAGGGAGAUGGAGGCCCAGCAGGUGGCUCUGGAGCCCGUACUGAAGGCCAACUCUAUGGCCCCAACCGAUCUCUCGCUCCUGGGCUCCCCGCUCUCCACCCUCCCCUACACACCUAUUGCUCAGUCUCUGAAGAAGCCCUCCACCUCUCCUCUCUUGGACUUCCACAGUGGGGUGAAGAAGGAGAUGGGUGAAGUGGCCGUCUCAGAUGUGGGGGUGGACGGAGUGCCCAAGCUCGGACGUCUCUCUGAGAGUGGAGGAGGUUUAGGUGGGGGUUCUUGGAGGGAGCACUGGUGGAGCACAGGUCUCUCUGAGCGUCGCGGAACCGGGCAGACCUCUGUUAGUGAAGAUGCACACAGCCAAGAGGAUACCAAGGAGAAGCUCCCUCGGCUGGGCAGCACUGCACCCGUGGCUCCUGCUUCCUCUCUGGAUUACUGGAAAGACUGGCCAAGCUCAGAGUCCCCAUACUCCCAGAGCUCAGAGCUGAGUCUGCAGAUGCCCAGCGGCAGUGAGACCCCUCAGAGCAGUCCACUGCCUUCCUCCUCACCUUUACUGUCCCUCUCCAAAGUCGCCAAACCUGUGGUGCCCCCGCUUACACCUGAGCAGUACGAGUACUACAUGUACCAGGAAGUGGACACUGUCGAUCUCACACAGCAGGUCAAAGACAAACUAGCCAAGAAUGGCAUCUGCCAGCGAAUCUUUGGUGAGAAGGUGCUAGGCCUCUCUCAGGGGAGCGUGAGCGACAUGCUCUCUCGGCCAAAGCACUGGAGUAAGCUCACACAGAAAGGGAGAGAGCCGUUUAUACGCAUGCAGUUAUGGCUGAACGGAGAGCUGGGCCAGGCACUGCUGCCAAUGCCUGGACAGACACAAGAGAUUACUCCGAAGACCUCAGCCAGCUGCAGUCCUGCCCCAGAAUCCCCUCUGAGUUCGGCUGAGGAGUCGGUUAAAAGCCAGCAGGAGGAGCAGAUGUGCCGAGCAUCCAUCCAGGAGCCCAGCGAAACUUCCGAGUCCCAGCCCGGCACGCCUCUACCGUUACCUCUGCCAGGACACGCGGGUCUCAGCAUACAAGAGAUGGUAGCAAUGUCGCCCGAGCUGGACACCUACACCAUCACCAAGAAAGUGAAAGAAGUUCUAACAGAUAACAACCUUGGCCAGCGUCUGUUUGGCGAGAGCAUCUUGGGUUUGACGCAGGGCUCCGUGUCUGAUCUGCUGGCCCGGCCCAAGCCCUGGCACAAGCUCAGCCUGAAGGGUCGAGAGCCAUUCGUACGCAUGCAGCUGUGGCUGAGUGACCCGCGGAAAGUGGAGAAGCUUAUGGACAUGAAGCGGAUGGAAAAGAAAGCCUACAUGAAGAGGCGCCACAGCUCCAUCGGUGAGAGUCAUUCGCUGGAUAGUGGUCUGUCAGGAAGUGACCUCAUUCAGAGCGCCAGCCCCCAAAACCUCUCCCAGCAGCAGCAGCAGCAGCAGCAGCCCCAGCUAAAGAAAGUCCGUGUAGUGCUGGCUCCAGAAGAGAAGGAAGCUCUGAAGAGAGCCUACCAGCAGAAGCCUUACCCCUCCCCUAAAACCAUCGAGGAGUUAGCGAGCCAGCUCAACCUCAAAACCAGCACGGUCAUCAACUGGUUCCACAACUACAGAUCCCGUAUCCGACGAGAGCUCUUUAUCGAAGAGAUCCAGGCAGCGGCCGGCGAAGGCGGGUCCCCCUCAGCGCGGCCCGGGAAGUCUGGGGGCGAAGGAGACAACAGCUGCGACGGCACAGAGUCUGACAGCACCGCGGAGGGUCGACCGAGCGGCUCCGAGGAGUGCAAGGGCCUCCUGGAGAGCCCCAGCCUCAGCCACAGAGACGAAGAGGGCGAGGCUGAGUUCCCCAGCGCCUCAGGCACCAGCAGGCCACAAGGAGGCAUCAUAGACAGCCUCUUCGGCAUCCCUGAGUCUGUAUCCGCCGCCACUGCCACGGCGACCCCCUGCCGAAACCCAAAGGACAGCAGUCUGCGCAAGAAGAAGGCAGCCAACCUUAACAACAUCAUCCACAGGCUGGAGAAAGCGGCAAACCGCGACGAGCCUCACGAAUGGGAGUUCUAAAGCGCCGCCAUGUUGUUGUUUUAUUCUCACUUUGUCCCUCACUGAGCUAACUCGGCCAAGCCUGGUGCACACACACCGGUUAACCCAAGGGUUUUCGAUUUGCUGUUUAGAAGUGGGCUAUCAGAGACAAGAACAAGAAAAGGAAACCAAGUUUUUAGUCUGUUUAUUUUGUGAAGCACUUAACGGCCCUGCUGGCCACAGGGCUGUGACACCAUUGGCUAAUGGUGAAGACACAAAACUGAAAAGCACAGGAGAGGGAGUGUUCCCACAAAAUAUUCUCAAGACAGUCACAAAAAAAACAACAACAACAAAUACACACUAUGAAAUCACAGUGUCUCUGUUUCUAAUAGAGACCUUCUCACCAACAAGCUGAAUAACUGUUACAAUAAUUUAUCAGUUCUCAAGUCUCUUGGGAGUUUCCUCUUUUGUAUCACAUAUGCUUCGGCCGUCAGCAGAGACUAGUUCGAACGGGUUUCAAGCCAAAAGUCAAGCGUUUAAAAGCAAGUGUUGGCUGAAGGAACACGGGUGCACCGUCCCACCUGCCUCUCCCUCCCUACCCCAGAGGAGGCCAUCCAAUGGCUAUGCAACUCUAGUACGCAAUGGAUUCCAGCGUAAUGGAACCCGCAUUAUUUUCACAGUUUGGAAGCUUCUCAGAUGUGAGAAGAAAAUCCUUUUUAUAGCAAUUAAGUUGCCACCGAGAGAUUGCACAGUCAGUUGACUCUAAACAGCACUCCUUUUGAUUUUACACGCCAACGGCCUAAAAGAGAAAGAAAAUCACGUGAAUGAAAAAUAAUCGUCGUAAAUAAGAAUCCACGGUCACGCAAAAUUCAUACUGUUGUUGUAAGGUCGACACAAAUGGGAGACGGGAUAAAUUUCGUAACUCGAUAGCUAAGUGUCAAUUUUUAUCGUUAUUUAGGUCUCUUGUAAGAGUAGCGCUCGUUAAUUUUUCUCCAUAGCUUUAAUCGCCUCAGCGACUUGCGUUUUGAAGCCCGUGGAGGUCUUGUUUAAUAAUAAACGUCAUUUUAGGCCAAAACAAUGACAUAUAGUGAAGAAGAAAAAAGGAUUUGUACAGUACUUUGAGUAAAUAUUCCUGACAAGAUAUUUUUAAAGAGAAUGAACAUGCCUGAUUUUUAUCCUCUUAUAAUAGAACCAUACAUCAGAGACCUCUAACCAAGUUGGGCAGUUUAGGCCCAUAGAAUUACAAUUCUAAUCCAAUAUCUAUGGUGUUCUAAAUUCUAAUUCUAUGGUGUGGCCGUGGGCCACUGCACUGUAUGGGCUGGUCCUCAGCACCAGGGUACCGGACGCCGAGUGCGGGGGAAACCCACCUAACCGCUCGCUCUUGUGCAAACUCAAAACUUCAGGUUUUUCACCAGCUUCUCCAUUCACUGUUCACCCAACCGUAAACGAGCUUUUCGUGGCGUCCGCAACAUUACCGAGUAUGUUCACGGCACGCAUCUGUCCUCCGAAACGACUGGAAAAACACCUUGCGAAAUGGACUUUUGUUUUUUCUUCAUACUGUAUAUGAUGGAGGACUCGGACACAUUUUCAUCCACAUUUCUUGUUAAACACACAUUAAAAAAAAAAAAAAAAAAAAGAGGAAAAUAUGUAGAUUG